AUGUCGCAUUCGCGUCUUUGUUUACUCUCAGCACUCUUACUCUGUUGUGUCUUUGAAACAAGCUUCUUAACUAUAGAUGCUCUUCUUGUUACUGGUUUUUCUGCUUGUCGUCCCGAUCAGAUUGAAGCCCUCGUGCAAUUCAAGGAGGAGUUUGAUUCCCGAGGUUGCAACCACAACGACUAUGUUAGUGGUGUCCGGUGCAACAACGUUACGGGUGCGGUCAAGAAAUUACACCUCCCAAGUGGCUGUCUCAGUGGAACUCUGAAGGCUAACAGUAGCCUCUUCCGUUUGCAACAUCUCCGUUACCUCAACCUCUCUAACAACGACUUCACUUCCUCUCCACUCCCUUCCGGUUUCGGCAAUCUCAACAGACUAGAGGUUUUGUUUCUUUCCUCUAAUGGUUUCGUAGGUCAAGUUCCUUCCUCAUUUAGUAAACUAAGCCAACUUUCCCUUUUAGACCUAUCCUGGAACGAGCUCACUGGUGAUUUUCCACAGCCUCUAGGCAAUCGAAGCAAGCUAACUCGACUAAGCCUUUCCGAUAAUGAGUUCUCAGGAGCUUUGGAUCCCAACAACAGCCUCUUUGGGUUGCAUAAUCUCCGUGGCCUUAGUCUUGCUUACAACUACUUCACUACCUCCUCUUCUUCAUUCUUUUCCGGAUUCGAAAAACUAAAUAGAUUAGAGAUCUUGUUUCUUGCCUUUAAUGACUUCCAUGGCCAAAUAACCUCCUCCAUUAGUAACCUCACCCAACUUUCCAUUCUAGGUCUUGAUGAUAACAGGCUCACUGGUAGUAUCCUACCUCUACAGAGCCUAACCAAUCUCUCAGUGUUAGGGCUUGUCGAUAAUAACUUCACUGGACCCCUCCCUUCUUAUAUACUCACUAUGCCUUUCAUGUCAUAUCUUGAUCUACGUGGAAACCAUUUCACCGGCCCCAUUGAAGUUUCAAACUCCUCUUUGUCUUCUUCUAGGCUAGAGCAUCUGCUCCUAGGGUAUAACCAAUUUGAAGGUCAGAUCCUAGACACUGUCUCAAAGCUUACCACCCUCAUAGAUAUCGACCUUUCUUUCCUAAACAUAAGCUACCCAAUUGACUUUAGAGUCUUCAGCUCGUCUCUCAAAUCUUUGUUGAAGCUUGAUCUUUCCGGUUCAGCGGAAGUUUUAGUGAGUUCAUCAGUGAACAUAUUAGACUUGUCCUUGAACUGUUUUGAAGGAGCAAUGCCAAUUCUAUCACUCUCUAUCAAAAUAUUGGGAGCACGGUACAAUCAUUUCACAGGAAACAUACCUCUUUCAAUAUGCAGCCGAAGCUCCUCUCUUGAGGUUCUUGAUCUAGCCUACAACAACGUCACCGGUGCAAUUCCUCAGUGUCUAAGCAACCUUCGGGUAGUGAAACUUCGGAAAAACAACUUGGAAGGAAGCCUUCCCGACAUGUUCUCAGUGGGUGCCACGUUGCGCACACUUGAUGUUGGUUACAACCAACUAACGGGGAAGCUUCCAAGAUCUCUUCUAAAUUGCUCCUUUAUCAAGUUCAUAAGUGUUGACAACAAUAGAAUCGAAGACACGUUUCCUUUCUGGCUCAAGGCUUCACGAGAUUUGCAAGUCCUUACUCUCAGUUCAAAUAGAUUUUUUGGUCAUAUCGCUCCUCUUGAUCAAGGUCCCUUAGGGUUUCCUCAGCUACGAAUACUUGAGGUAUCGGAUAACAACUUCACUGGAAACUUGCCAGCAAACUACUUUGUGAACUGGAAAGCACCAUCACUCAAGACGAAUAUAUUUGGGAGGAUGUAUAUGACAGACUACGAGAAUGGUGACUUUGCUGAUGAAGACACGAUAGACUUGCGAUACAAAGGUCUACACAUGGAGCAACAGAUGGCCCUUACUUCCUACACAACCAUUGACUUUUCUGGAAACAAACUUGAAGGACAGAUUCCUGAAUCUGUUGGUCUCUUGAAGACACUUAUUGCACUCAACUUAUCCAACAACGCCUUCACAGGACACAUUCCUAUGUCUUUGUCAAAUGUUUCCAAGCUCGAGUCACUCGACCUUUCAAGAAACCAACUCACAGGGACUAUUCCUAAUGGACUCGGGAGCCUCUCGUUUUUGGCGUUCAUAGAUGUGUCUUAUAACCAACUCAAAGGUGAAAUACCACAAGGAACACAAUUUAACGGGCAAGCUGAAUCAUCAUUUGAAGGGAAUGCAGGUCUCUGUGGUCUUCCUCUACAGGAGAGUUGCUUCCACCCAAGUGUGCCACCGAUGCAACACCCAAAUCAAGAAGAAGAAGAAGAAGAAGAAGAAGAAGAAGAAGGAGUGGGUUUAAACUGGAAAGUAGUGGCUAUAGGAUACGCUCCUGGAGUGUUGUUAGGAUUUGUGAUAGGUCAAGUCGUUGCUUCAUACAAACCAGAGUGGCUUGUCAAGAUAAUUGGUACAAACAUACUCAGAACCCGUUAG